GAAGUACGAGAGGACCAAGCAGGUGGUGGACACACUCAAGAGGAAUGAGGAGACUCUGCGCGGUGCUGUGGCUGACUACGAGGCAAAGCUGAAGAAACAGGAGCAGAAAUUCCUUGAGUUCCAGAAACAUGCAGAGGAGAAAAUACAGCUAGCCAAUGAAGAGUUUGAGAGCAUGCGGAAGUGCAACGAGCAGGAGAUGACCAAGAUGGCUGCCCUGCUGAAGAAGGCGGAAAUGAAGAUCAUGUCGCUGCAGGACUCCUUCGACCGCAAGACCCGAGAGAACCAGGAACUGACCCAGCUCUGUGACGACCUCAUAAACAAGGUCGGCACGUCCCACUGAGGCAGGGCAACAGCGGCAAGGAGCUGCUGGUCGUGUGUGACCCUCUUCAGGGGCUGAGCUGAAAAAAAAUAAAGAGGUCCCUUAUCUCCUGCUGCAGGGAUGAUGAGAAGCUCUGUGACUCUAAAGGGGUAGAAAGUGGUCUCAUAAUCUCUCCUUACGAGUUUAUCUUUAUGGAAGUUCUGUGGCUGUAAGGGAUUGGCAGGUGAUUGGAAAAGGUGCAUUAUCUCCUUGAUUGGGAGGUUUUGAAUAGGUUAUUUGGGAACUUCUGAUGCUGCUAAAUGGGACAGGAAGGGUUGUUGUUAUGUUUACCUGUGAGGCUGUUGUGGAAGUUCUGCGUCAAGAGUGAAGUAGCAGGUGAUAGGAAAAGGUUUUGUUAUCUCCCAUUAUGAGGUUGUUUAUGAAGAAGGUUUUAGUUUAUCAAGAAGAUGUAGGAAGUUUGUUCUCUCCUUAUUAAGAAGUUGUUUCAUGGGAAGGUUUUAUUGGGUCUGGAAUUGGUGUAAGGAAGCGUUGUGUUCCCUUUACGAGUUGUAGAAAAGAGUUGUGGGUCUGUAAAAGAUGGUAGGAAAAAGGGUUAUCCCAUUGUUACAAGGCUGUUUGGGAAAAGUUUUGUUGCUUUUGUGUGCUAAGGGGCUGGGAAGAGGUGGUUGUGUAGCUUUCAGGAAUUGUUUUGUUCUCUUGGUGAAAAGAGAAAUGGUACUCAUCUCUUAGAGCUGAAAAGGACAGUAGAAAAAAGAGGAAAGAAGAAAAAUAAUCUUCCAGGCUUUAAAACUAUAAAACAAAGGAGAUAAUCAAGCGUGAUUUGGUUGUUAACUAUUUGAGGUUUUUGUUCCUCCUAAAAUUUACAAGGAUGGUAGAGAAGAAGAAAAUCACCUUCUGUGCGUUCAAAGUGUAGUAGCAGAAGAUUGUCUCGGUAUAAUGAGAUUGUUGAGUGUUCAUGGUUGUCAUUGCCCCUAAAACCCAUAAGGAUGGUAGAAGAGAGGAGAGGAAUUACCUUCCUCACUUUAAAAGGGAAAAGGAGAUCAUUGAACAUAAUCAGAUUGUAGACUAUUUAUUGAUAAGCCACAAGUUAAUAUACUCUGAGCAUCUUCAAGCAAAGAUUACCAUAAAGUUCACCCCAGUUCACCCCUUGUUCAUGGAGCUUUCAGACUGAUCCUUCAAAGGUUUGUCUGAAGGACCAAUGCACCAAAAUAUUCAGCAAACUGUUCUCUCAUCUUUUCUCACUUUCUCGACUCAGUGAUCUGUUGACUGAGAAAUAAGAUACAUUGGAUGACCUUAGUGUUGUUACCAUUUUUUCUUUUUGUAUAUACGUGUGAAAGUUGUAUCUCAUCACAUUACUGUUCAUUUUCAUUCAAGCACAAUUUACAUAAGGAAGAAUUUAUCCAACACCAUGAGUGAAUCUUCAUAACAAGAAGCUAAGUGAACACCUGUAAGGACAGAUCCUGAUGACGGAAAUACCUGUGCACACUGGGCUCUCGUUGUGUAUGUGUGUUCAGCAUAUACAAAUUUUCAUCAUGCGAGGCAAUCCAAGAACCUAACCUCAGCAUGUAAUGAGAAGCAGGUGUAUUUUUUGGCAGUCAGACUGUCAGCGAGUGGUUAGUGUUGGGCGGGAAGGGCCGCUGAGGGGCCAGAACUGUGAUAGAGGAGGAAUGUCAGUGUGUCAGGAGUCGCCAUAUUCUACUCUGCCUGAUGUUUCAAUAUGCUGACGAUAUCACUUAGUGUGUAAGCAAGCCCUGCACAAAGGUGUGCUAUCCAAAAAAUACCUAUCUUUAUAUAUAUAUACAACUAUAUAUAUAUUAUGUACAGAUACAGAUAAGCGGUGCAUACAUGUAAGGUUUUGUACAUGAUAUAGUGUUAGCCAUUUAUUCCUGUCUUAGUUUCGAUUAUUCAUUUGUGAAGUGUUGAAUUGGCCAAACUAGGAUAUUUUCAUUUCAUUGGCUGACUCAUCUUUACCCUUGUAAUUUAUUUCAGUGUAUCUAGUUGGUCUAUACACUAACAGUUAGUGUUGAAUGUGACAGGCACAGACCCUUACUAAUGAUCUUCAACAAACAGGGACUGACUGGCUCACCACAACUACACUGAUGAUCUUGUGCACAUCAUGCAUACUCCCUUGUGGCUCGGUGGCCAACUCAAGACAAAGGAAAGACCACAGGGAAGGAGACCAUGAAUUUGAAUAAUAUGUUUGGAAUUAUAGAACCUUAUUGGAAAAGCUUUUUUGAUUCUUCUGUUAGGAAAAGGUCUUGGCAUUAUUAUCUGACAGGAAGUAGUUGCCGUAAGAUUGCAGUACCUACGCUACGUGUGCAUGUAAAACACUGUUCUCUCAUGCUGACCACCCACAGCAAGCUACAAGAAGGAUCUAACACUAUGUUCUCUUAAAUUCAAGACAAAGCAGGCACUUCCCAUGAUCCAUAUUUGGUUUCAUAGUAAAGUUGUGCCUUAUGCUGUACAGACUCAAAAAAUUGGAAAAAAAACCAUUUCCAUGCUUAACACAUACAAGACAGGCCACCCAUUCCCUCCUUUGUGGUAAGCUGAGAGAGGUGAUGCAACAGUUGUCCUGCUGACUGUACCGCUGCUGAAACUGCUGGCUGGCUGGCGGACUGUGUGGGGCAAGGGGAAGCUUUUGGCUAAUGGUGUUGCUAGCUAAUAAAGGAGCUCUGGCUACCUAUUCACCUAAAAAUAGUUUUACUAAUGUUUUUUUCUAGUUUUAAAUUUUAGUUCCAAACAUAUAUCUUUUUUGAUAGUUUAGAGGUUAAUUUUUUGUAUUGAAUUUUCUGUUCAAUUUUCACUUAAAGCUCUCAGUCUAAUAUACGUCUCCUCUCCCUUCAUAUUUUGUUACUAAAAGAGUAAGCGAAAUCAUUGUUAUCUACAUCAAUUUAUGGAAAUAUUCCUCACCCUGAUAGACCUUAUUUAAAUUCCCUUUUCUGUUUUUUGAGCUGUGUUACAUAGAGUAAAGGAUAAUAGUGAAGAGCAGUUGUUAUUUGUUAAGAAUUCUCAUGAACAGUUGAAAAGAAUAAGUUAUGCUUAGCUACUUUGGACUCUUUAUCUAAUUCACCUCCCCUCAUUCCUUUUUCUAAGUUACACCAAAAAUGGUUUCAUGGAAUGGUAAUGAUUCCUCAAGAAUCCACAAGGACAGCUGUAAAAAAACCUACAUGAGUCAUUUUAUCUAAAUAACUUCCUGUGCUGCUGCAGCAUAUGCCAAUAUUUUUACCUUAUCUUUACCUUUCCUUUUGUCGUAGUUACUCAGAGGAAAUGGUUAUAAGAAGAGUUUGCUAUUCCUAGAUAACUAAUUAGGAGAGUAGAAAUAAAAAAAUAGGCACUUCCCACGCAUUGAAUGUGCCACAUGAGGUAUUACUAACCAACCCUUGCCUCCGCCCAGCCCAGCCAACGCCGGGCACCACAGCCCUAAAGAGCUCCUGUAUGAUUUCCUGUCACAUGUAGCACUUACCUUAAUUUAUAUUCUUCUGGAUAUGAUUUUUCCCUCGACUCAUGAUAUUCAUGUAUCAUAGAGAAUAAACUUGGUUAAUAACAGGUACUCCAAAUAAA